UGUAUUCGCAUUCCAAACUUGUUUGUUUCCAAGUGAAAAUUAUUCUACAGACGAUGCGUUGUGGAUGAGUUGGUGAACUUUGUGACCAAGAUUAAUUCAUCAUGAAGCGUGUGUUCAGUCUCACCAGUAAAUCCUUUGGUGGCCAAGGGACCAUACAUUAUUGUUGGCAGAAAACUUUAGGCAACUACCUAGCUGUUGUUGGACAUGAUCAUGUGCUAAGAAUUUAUGAUCGACAUGGAGAUCUGAAGGAAGAAUUUAAUUUACCUGGGGCCUGCACUGGUAUUGGAUGGGACAAAGAUGGGGAUACCUUGGCUGUUAUCAAUGACAAGAAUGGCGUCAUCAUACUGUGGGACGCGAACACCCAGAGGACAUCUCCCAUUGACAGCGGUCUAAGAGAUAGCCUGACUUAUAUGUUGUGGGCUAAAGCAGGACCCUACCUGGCAGUGGGGACGUCCAAAGGAAACUUACUCAUCUACAAUCACCAGACAUCCAGAAAGGUGCCAGUGUUGGGUAAACACACCAAGAAGAUCACCUGCGGGUCGUGGAGUAAUGAGAACUUACUUGCCCUCGGCAGUGAUGACCGCACCAUCACAAUCAGCAACAUAGAGGGCGACACCAUCCGCCAGACUUCUGUCAGGUCUGACCCACAGGAAGUCCAGUUCUCAGAAAUGAAGGGAGACGAGCGAAGUCAGAUAGGAGAUAACACUGUGAGUGUGGUGAUUGGUAAGAAGACACUGUUCCUGUACAACCUCAAUGACCCUGAGAACCCUAUAGAGCUGGCCUUCCAACAGAGAUACGGAAACAUCAUCUCCUAUCGCUGGUAUGGAGAUGGUUACAUCAUGAUCGGCUUUUCUCAUGGCUACUUUGUGGUUAUAUCGACUCACAUGAAGGAGAUUGGUCAGGAAUUUCAAGAGGGACAUUUAAGAAUUCCUAAGGAGCUGUUCCAGGCUCGAAACCACAAGGACAACUUGACAUGUAUUGCCAUUUCCAACUCCCUCAACAAGGCUGCAUCAUGUGGAGACAACUGUAUCAAGAUUCACGACUUGUCAGACCUAAAGGAGAUGUUUGCCAUCAUCAACAUGGACGAUGAGCGAGGUCUAGAUAAACUAAACUGGACAGAUGACGGUCAGCUCUUGGCAGUGUCGACCCAGAAAGGUAACCUCCAUGUCUACCUGACCAGACUUCCCAUGCUGGCGUCGGCCUCCUCCACCAGGAUAGCUCACCUCACUUCACUGCUAGAGGUCACCAUAGAGGACAACGUCAAUCAGGACCCUCCAUUGACUAUCCCUAUAGACGUGGAGCCGUCCUUUCUGGGAAUAGGACCGUAUCAUCUGGCAGUGGGCAUGAACAACCGGGCGUGGUUCUACCUCCUGGGAGACAAUGGACUUGAAAAACUAAAGGACCGGGAGUACCUAGGGACUGUGGGCACUAUCUGUCUCAACGCUGAUUAUGCUGCUGUCAGCUUCGAGGGUCGAGUCCAGCUUCAUAUGAUUGAGGGUGAAACUGCUGGAACAACGGAUGAAAGAGAAUCCAAGCUUUUCCCUGACAUGGACCAGCAGGAUUCACGCAUCACCUGUCACAGCAUGACCCAAGAUUUCCUUAUCUUCGCCACAGAUAAUGGUGGCAUCAACUAUUUCUUCAUUGAGGACUGGCAGAUGGUGAAUGAGUUUCGCCAUGUUGUGGGAAUACGCAAAAUCUUCCCAGAUCCCAGUGGCUCCCGAGUCAUCUUUGUUGACGACAAAAGUGAUGGUUUCGUUUACAAUCCGGUGAAUGACCAGAAUCUAGAAAUCCCCAAGUUUUCCCCGACCACAAAAGGUGCCCUGUGGGAGAUGUGGACAGCAGAUAAGGGUGUGUUUCUCACUUAUGAUGAGGAGAAGAUCUGUACCUACCUUUACUGUCGGGAGUCUGUUCAAGGGCCCCAGGUAGCCUUUGCAGGUGAGACACGUCUGCCGUACGGCCAGAUUCCCAUCAUGCUGUAUAAUGGGGAGGUAACUCUACAAACAGAAAGUGGACGACUUGGCACACUCCUCCUGGAAACACACACAGCCCUGUUUUCUGACAACUUAGAGGAUAUGGAAAAGGAGGUGAUGAAAUCAGCAUUACAUCAAGGGACCCUUUUGAGAAGAUUCAAGGACGCCUGGAACUUAUGUAGCCAGAUGAAUGACCUGGUGUGCUGGUUAGAGCUAGGAAGGGGGGCACUGUCCAGUCUGGAAGUGGACUUUGCUAUGCGAGUGUACAGGGAGAUAGGAGAUGUUGGUAUGGUCACCUCUCUCCAGCAGAUCAAGCACCUAGAGGACAGGAAUCUACUGUCUGGUUACAUAGCCAUGUUCCUGGCAGAGUUUAACCUGGCGCAGGAUCUGUUCCUGGCCUCGGGGAAACCACUGGCUGCACUAGAGAUGCGGCGAGACUUGCUGCACUGGGACAGUGCCCUCCAGCUGGCCAAGGCUCUCGCUCCUGAACAGAUUCCCUACAUCUCACGAGAAUAUGCCCAACAGCUGGAAUUUACUGGGGACUACAUGAAUGCCUUGUCACAUUACGAAAAAGGUGUGACACGACAAGAGAAGGAUCGCGAGCAUGAUGAGGUCUGUGCCGCGGGGAUAGCCCGUAUGUCUAUCAGGAUGGGAGAUAUUCGUAGGGGAGUUAACAUGGCCCUGAAGAUGCCCAGUAGGAUACUGAAGAAGGAGUGUUCCACCAUACUGGAAGGAAUGAAGCAAUGGCAGGAAGCAGCCAUGUUGUACGAACAUGGAGGUUACUACGACAAAGCAGCAUCUGUCUACAUCCGCAGUAAAAACUGGAACAAGGUUGGAGAGCUUUUGUCGCACAUUACCUCCCCAAAAAUCCAUGCCCAGUACGCUAAGGCUAAAGAAGCAGAUGGACGCUACAAGGAGGCUGCAGAGGCCUACAAACAGGCCAAGGACUGGGACAAUGUCAUCAGGAUAAACUUGGACUACCUGCAGAACCCUGAGGAAGCUGUGAGGAUUGUACGUGAAAUCCAGUCUAUAGAGGGAGCCAAGAUGGUGGCUAAGUUUUUCCAGAAGUUGAAUGACUAUUCAUCUGCUAUCCAGUUCUUGGUCAUGUCUAAGUGUAACGACGAGGCAUUCCAGCUGGCUCAGACACACAAUCAGAUGGAAACAUAUGCCGAUAUCAUUGGUCCGGAUGCUACCCCGGAGGACUACCAGAGCAUUGCCCUGUUCUUUGAGAAUGAGAAGAACCACUUCCUGUCCGGAAAAUUUUUCCUUCUCAGUGGACAGUAUAGUAGGGCAAUGAAGCACUUCCUGCGGUGUAGUGGAGAGGAUGGCAGGGCUAUAGAGCUAGCUAUAGAGACAGUUGGACGAGCCAAUGACACGCAGCUCACUAGACAGCUCAUAGACUUCCUCAUGGGAGAGACUGACAACAUUCCUAAGGAUGCUAAGUACCUAUUCCGCCUCUACAUGGCCCUGAAACAGUACAGGGAGGCUGCGCGUACUGCCAUCAUUAUCGCUCGUGAGGAGCAGAACGCUGGUAACUAUCGUAAUGCUCACGACGUGCUGUUCAGUAUGUACCAGGAGUUGAAGGAGCAGAAGAUCAAGAUCCCAGCAGAAAUGGGCACCAACCUGAUGAUUCUACACAGCUACAUCCUUGUCAAGAUCCACGUCAAACACGGCGACCAUCUCAAGGGCGCUAGAAUGCUCAUACGUGUGGCUAACAACAUCAGUAAAUUCCCUUCACAUAUUGUGCCUAUUCUCACGUCUACUGUUAUUGAGUGUCACAGAGCUGGCCUGAAAAAUUCCUCCUUCAGUUACGCUGCCAUGUUGAUGAGACCAGAGUACAGAAAUCAGAUCGACCUUAAGUUUAAGAAGAAGAUAGAGAUGAUUGUCCGUAAGCCAGAUAAGACAGAGGAGGAGGAACCCUUAACACCAUGUCCCUAUUGUGGUUUUCAGUUACCCGAGACAGACCUCACAUGUCCAGAGUGUAAAAAUAGCCUACCCUACUGUACAAUCACAGGUCGACAUCUCGUCAAAGAUGACAUGGCUGCCUGCCCUAAGUGUGACUUCCCAGGAUUAUUUUCUGAAUUUAUAAGGUUAUUGGAGAUAGAAGACAGUUGUCCUAUGUGUACAGAGAAGGUCAUCAAGGAGAACAUACAGAAAGUGACCGACACACAGCAUUACCUGACCCCUGAGGAGGGUACCGAGUGAUGUCACAGCCUUGUACUAACUUGUCGGCUUAGAUCCCGAACAGACUGAACAACAGCAAGUGAACUGUGACUGACUAAACAUGUACAACAUGUACACAGACUGAACACAUACAGACUGAAUUGAGUUUUAUCAUGGUCCUAGCUAUAAGUAACGUUUUAAAGCAAAUAAAUCUUGUAAAUACCCUGUUAAAAAGUGUAAAGCAAUGUUAGCAGUCUAUGGAGUAUCAAAGUUAAAUUCACUGCUUGACCUGUUACUGGUUGUAAAGGUUCUGAUAUAUUCUGACAUUAUUUAUUGAUACAUUCCAUAUUUCAUGCUUUACAAACUAUUUCUGCAUAAUGAAAUCCCUGAUUUGUAGCUACCGGUAUUGUGUUGGAAAUUGUGAACAAAAUAUUUAUGAUUUAACAUAAUACAUCUAAUUGUAUUAAAAACUGUUUAGUGUUAUUAAGAAUGUGUUCUGAGCAACUAUUGUGUUUAGCAAAUAUUCCAGUUGAGAAACCGUCCUUUUAUCACCAGUGAAGAGAUUUGCUGUUUUAGGUUUUAAAUGUUAGUUUACAAGUGACAGAUUUCUUUGGUAAUUACCUGUUUCCUAGGUAGUGGUAAAUUCAUAUUUAUAUAUAUAAUGUUUUAAUUAGGAGUUAGUUUUUUUCAGACAAAGAUGGAAAAUGUAUUAAAUUUGAAUUUGAUACCAAUAUGUGACACGUUAAUAGUGGGAAAAGUACUGAUUUUCAAAUAAAUUUCCUCAGACUUAAAGGUAUAAUUGAAAUUUUGGUCGAUGUACUUUUCUCUCAAACUUGAAAUAUUUAAUCCCUCUUUAGGUCAAGUUCCCGUUGUCACUCCAGCAUUACAAUAAACUUUUAAGCCCUAUAGCACCGCUAUAUUAAACAAAUAUUGGUAGAACUUUUCUACUGAGUUAAACUCGUACUGUUAUAUUUAUUUAUAGCAUGUGUACAAUUGUUUAAUGCAAUGAAAUGCUCACACAAAAAUUAAUUACAAAUCUACAAGUAAAUAGAAUGAACUGACGUCAACAAUUGUUUUUGUAAAUGAAGACUGCAUGAAAUGUAAUGUGUUCAGCUGGUGAGCCUGAUUGAAAUUGAUUCUUGUGUCGGAAAAAAACUGUCCAUUUAAGGCUAUUUCAAAGUCUAUUAUGGUUGAUAUUUUUAGAUAUAGUUGUGCAUUAUGGUUGAAAAUAAUUUGAGAUAUUUGGUCGGAAUAGUCUUCUACAGACAACAGAAAGAUUAAUUUAAAAAUAUUUUACACCAGAUUGAAUUACUGAUUGGAACUGAUCUGUAAAUUGGGAAUUGAUAGAUCUGAUUGUAUAUGUAAAUAAGAAGAGUAUUCUUGCUAACUUAUAUUUUUAUUUCUUCAUAUUUUUUUUUCUGAUGUUCACGUACAAGUUAUCAGGUGUAGUUUUCAAUUUUAAAAGAUUACAGAAAUACAAUGUAUUGCACAUUUGUGAAUUUGUAGUGAGAAUGUCAUCAGCACUUCAUUUUCAAGUAAAAUUUAAUACUGGGAAACCGUUUGUCGUAGUAGUGCUACUUUUGCCGUACAAAUAAGAUAGAAUACAUUUUGUCAUCCGCUUUGAUAUUUGUAAAUUUUUGUAAUAAAAGGAAAAAAAGAAAGUUUAAUUUUGUGCCAGUUUUAGCAACUUAAUAUUUCGUGCCUCUCUUAACCGUCCAAACAUAACUUUAUGUACUAUUGUGAUAGACCAAUUCUGUUGUUAUUGAAGAUCUGACCAUUUAAAAGAAUUGUAUGUGAUAUAAUACGUCUGUGAUUACAAGAAAUUAUGCUGAACUUUCAGUGGUUGUUUGUUAUUUAUGUGUGCAUAGGAAAUAAAUGUUUU